AUGGCUGAUCUUAUGCUGAAUCUGAAAACCUUUCAGCCUGAUUAUGAAAUAGAGGCAACUGAAGAGCACCUCCUGCAUUUGAGAAACUAUGCCAAAGGGCUGACAGUGAAUGCCUGUGCCCAUGCGGUCUUCUUCUGCCAGAUGCUCGAGGACACCAAGCAGAAACCAGAGAUUGAGAAAGUGCCUCUUUAUGCCCAAGAAUCCAAGGAAAAAAAUCUUCGAAGCCUGAGGAUUGGGAUAAUUGGGGGAGGUCACAUUGGAAAACAGCUGGCCAGAGUACUCCUUGAACUGGGUGGCUUUCCAGGAAAGAAUAUCCAGAUCUCCACGAGGCGGCCAGAGACUCUGUUAGAAUUUCCGAAACUGGGAGUCAACUGCUUUUACAACAACAGGAAGCUGGUGGGCUGGGCAGAUGUUGUGUUUCUCUGCUGUCUCCCAUGCCACCUCCCAUACAUCUGCUUGGAAGUUCACAAGGAACUCAAACCAUCUUCUAUUAUAUACAGUCUGGUCACAGCUAUCUCUCUGCCCAGGCUGAAGCAACUCCUCUCCUCCAAUGCUAUCUUGAGGCCACACUACACGUUCACAGAUGGCAGCCCCCUCACCUUGUGGGAGAUGAGCAAGAUGGUUGUGGAAGCACUCAAAGACCCAGCUGUUGUGCAGGCUACGUGUCCCCUUGGUGCUAUGGGAGCAAUUGCUAUCAAGCCAAAGUGGCUGGAGGCUGUUUUCUAUGCUGCUCUAAACAGCUACACAUGCCAGGAUUUACCCUACACAGAGGCCCUGAAGUUACUUAAUAAAGUAUGUUUUCCUGAGGAUGUCACCACCCCCUCUGAGGAACAGAUGUCACCACCUCCACCAGCAUUUGUUUGUGAAAGCUUUAUCAAUAAGGCCUUUGCUUCCUCCCUGACACCUGAUGAUACUUUCCCAUGGUUUGACCUGACAAGUGUACAGCUAAAGGUGUCUCCCCUUAGCCAGCUUCUAGCAACAAGUACAUCUUUCCAGAAUAGCAUUGCUGCAUUGUAUUGUAAUGUCUUUGCUCUAUUGGCCGCGGAUUAUAAAGAAAGCAACGGAGACGUCUCUAAAAUACCUCUAUCAGCUGUGCUAUUACAUCCCACCAAAAAUCGGGGAUUAACAGCAUCUAGCACAUAUGGGACUUGUCCAAAUAAUACAGAGGAAGCAUCUAGUAGUGAAUCUGAAGACCUAAACACUUGA